CCCGAGCCGCCCCGGGGGUGGGCGAGCGGCGGCGCUGGGCGGGACCCCGGCGGGCGGGGGCCCUGCGCGGUCUCUAGGACCCGCGGGACGCCGCCGGCGGGCGGGGUGCUGGGGAAGCCGAUAAUUUGUUCCGUGGUAAUGAGAGCGGGGACUGCUGGCCGCGGGUCCAUUUCACAGGCCGGCCUCCUCUCCCCGGCGAGCUCCCUCGUCCCCGGGCCAACUCGGACAGUUGGCUCACUUGUGGCAACGGUCAGGGCCGGCCGUGCCAGCGCCGCGCGCGCGCGCGCUCACACGCGCGGGGCGAACUUGUAAGAAAAUGAGCGGCUAGGCCGGCUGCUCCGCGGCGCGGGCGCUGCGCGCGGGCUCCGAGCCGACUCGCCGCGGCGGGAGAGCCCUCGGGGCGACGCCCGGCCCCAGCCCGGCGCCCGCGUGGGAUGCUGCGGCGCUCGCCGCGGGGCCCCGGAGCUGCUGCUGCACCGAAGGCCGGCCACGAUGGCCGCGCGCCCGCCGCCCGCGCCCCCCGCGCGCGCCCUGCUGCUCGCCCUGGCCGGGGCUCUGCUCGCGCCCCGCGCGGCCCGAGGGGUGAGCUCAGGGGAGCAGGGAGCGGCCCCCGAAGUCGUCAGCGCCUCCCUUUGGAGCAGAGACCGCUGGAUCCCGGCAGAGAGCAUCCGCACGCAGAACCAUCCAGAAGUGUUGACUGCUCGCAUACAACUGGAAAGCAAAGAACUGAUCAUAAAUCUGGAAAGAAACGCAGGUCUCAUUGCCAGCAACUUCACGGAAACCCAUUACCUACAGGACGGUACCGACGUCUCGCUCGCUAGAAACUACACGGGUCACUGCUACUACCACGGCCAUGUGCAGGGAUACGCCGGCUCACUGGUCAGUCUCAGCACUUGCUCUGGUCUCAGGGGACUUAUCAUGUUUGACAAUAAAACCUACAUCCUGGAACCGGUGACGAAUUCCACGCGUGGCUACAAGCUAACCCCAGCUCAGAGCCUGCAGAGCGUAGGAGGAACCUGUGGGUCGCAUCGGAACUCGUCACACCUCGCUGCCCAGGGCUUGUUCCAGACGCCAGCAAGAAGGCAUAAAAGAGAGACGCUCCGGACGACCAAGUACGUGGAGCUGGUCAUCGUGGCAGACAACCGAGAGUUUCAGAGACAAGGAAAAGAUCUGGAGAAAGUUAAGCAGCGAUUAAUAGAGAUCGCUAACCACGUUGACAAGUUUUACAGGCCGCUGAACAUCCGAGUCGUGCUGGUGGGCGUGGAGGUGUGGAAUGACAUUGACAAAUGCUCCAUAAGCCAGGACCCGUUCACCAGCCUGCACGAGUUCCUGGACUGGAGGAAGAUGAAGCUUUUGCCUCGCAAAUCCCACGACAACGCGCAGCUCAUCAGUGGGGUUUAUUUCCAAGGGACCACCAUCGGCAUGGCACCCAUCAUGAGCAUGUGCACCGCGGAGCAGUCUGGAGGAGUGGUCAUGGACCAUUCAGACAGCCCGGUUGGUGCGGCCGUGACCCUGGCACACGAGCUGGGCCACAACUUCGGGAUGAACCACGACACGCUGGAGCGGGGCUGCAGCUGCAGGACGGCAGCUGACAAAGGCGGCUGCAUCAUGAACCCGUCAACCGGGUACCCGUUCCCCAUGGUGUUCAGCAGCUGCAGCAAGAAGGACUUGGAGACCAGCCUGGAGAAGGGGAUGGGGAUGUGCCUCUUCAACCUGCCCGAGGUCAAGCAGUCCUUCGGGGGCCGCAAGUGUGGCAACGGCUACGUGGAGGAAGGGGAGCAGUGCGACUGUGGGGAGCCGGAGGAAUGCACGAACCGCUGCUGCAACGCCACGACCUGCACUCUGAAGGCAGACGCCGUGUGCGCGCACGGGCUGUGCUGCGAAGACUGCCAGCUGAAGCCUGCGGGGACGGCGUGCAGGGGCUCCAGCAACUCCUGCGACCUCCCGGAGUUCUGCACGGGGACCGGUCCUCACUGCCCGGCCAACGUGUACCUGCACGACGGGCACCCGUGCCAGGGCGUGGACGGCUACUGCUACAACGGCAUCUGCCAGACCCACGAACAGCAGUGCGUCACACUCUGGGGACCAGGUGCCAAGCCCGCCCCCGGGAUCUGCUUUGAGAGGGUCAACUCCGCGGGGGACCCCUACGGCAACUGCGGCAAAGACUCCGAGAGCUCCUUCGCCAAGUGCGAGCCGAGAGACGCUAAGUGCGGAAAAAUCCAGUGCCAAGGAGGUGCCAGUCGGCCGGUCAUCGGGACCAAUGCAGUUUCCAUAGAAACAAAUAUCCCACUGCAAGAAGGUGGCCGGAUUCUCUGCCGCGGGACCCACGUGUACCUGGGCGAUGACAUGCCGGACCCGGGGCUGGUGCUUGCCGGCACCAAGUGCGCAGAUGGAAAAAUCUGCCUCAAUCGGCGGUGUCAGAACGUCAGCGUCUUCGGUGUUCACGAGUGUGCGAGGCGGUGCCAUGGCAGAGGGGUGUGCAACAACAGGAAGAACUGCCACUGCGAGGCCCAUUGGGCGCCUCCCUUCUGCGACAAGUUUGGCUUUGGAGGAAGCACGGACAGUGGCCCCAUCCGGCAAGCAGAUAACCAAGGCUUAACCAUAGCAAUCCUGGCGACCAUCCUGUGCCUUCUCGCCGCUGGGUUUGUGGUUUACCUCAAAAGGAAGACCUUGGUCCGACUGCUGUUCACAAACAAGAAAACCACCUUUGAGAAGCUAAGGUGCGUGCGUCCCGCCCGGCCACCCAGCGGCUCCCAGGCCGGCCAGGCUCACCUGGCCCACCUCGGCAAAGGUCUGAUGAGCAGGCAGCUGCGUCCCGACACAUCAAAGGACAGUCCCAGGAGAUGGCCACAGUGUCCAAACGUCGACAUCAGCAGACCCCUUAACGACCGUGACGUCCCUGUGCCCCAGUCACCUCAGCGAGUGCUCCCGCCCCUGCACCAGGUCCCUCGGGCACCCAGUGUCCCUGCCAGACCCCUGCCCGCCAACCCUGUGCUCAGGCAAGCCCAGGGAACUUGGAAGCCAAGCCCUCCUCAGAAGCCCCUGCCUGCAGACCCUUUGAACAGGAUGGCCCGGCACUCCAGCACCUCAGCGAGGGCCCUGGCACAGCAGGGGUCCAUGCCCCGCCAAGCACCCGUCAGACCUGCUCCUAAAUGUCCACACCAAGUGCCCAGAACCCACACCACCUACGUUAAGUGAGAAGCAAGCCGCCGCAACAGUGAAGACAGAAGUUUGCACUAUCUUCCAGCUCCAGUUGGAGUUGUUUUUAUACCAACCCUUAGGAAUUCGAUGUUUAAAACACCAGUAUCUUAAGAACUUUGAGCUACUGCCGUCGGUGCUGUGCUGUGCCUUGGUGCUCUGUCUACUGGCUCAGGUACUUGUAAGUUAUUAAUUUAUGUGGAGAGUUUAUUACAGUGCAGUGCGCUGUAGUAAGCAUUUUUACCAUCACUGAGUUUUCCGUGGAAGGAAGGCUUGAUGUGCUUUUAAUAUUUUAGUGAACUUGAAAUAUCUUGCUUGCUGGGAUUCUGGACCGGAAGUUUACGCUCUGACCAAGGUGCUAUUGGAAAGCAGUUCCCCACACUGACCCGUGGUUAUGGUGCCUGAACAGCCCAACAGACCCUAAGUGGACCCUCGCGUGAUUUUCUGGAAUCUCUAUCUUGGGCCAGAGCUGGGAAGGCUUCAGGUCCAGGCUGUGCUAAACUUUCAGGGAGACCCUAGGGUCCCUGCUCAGCUGACAGGCAAGCCGCCCAGGGGCUGUGCCUUAAGGCUGGGGGCCAGCAGGGAAGCUUCUGGCUUCUGGUCAGGAAACUUUGGAGAGAACAUGGGCUGCAGACAGAAGUCUUAAGAUGUGGCCACAUGAGGAUAGGCAGUGGAACAGUAGGGCAGUCCGAACCUUGACCUUGAGCUGACCAGCCCUGAGCACAUUUUGGCGAACAGGCAGAGAUAAGCCAAACCAUGGGCAGUUGCACAGAUCUUAGUAGGAACACCACACAUCUCUUUCUGUGGUGUUGCUGCACAGCGUGCCGGCAUCAGCACGGGGUAUAGAAUAGGAAGGUGGUGGUGCUGGAACAGCAGCCCCUGCCCGGCUCUGUGACACCUCCACCUCCUUGCGCUGUUGGGCGCUAAGCAGAUCUCCGUGUUGUCUGCUCAGCUGCAGCCCUGCUGAGAUGAUCCUGUAGGCAUGGGACCACAAGUAUAUUAGGUGUGAACCAGUGCCCAGAUAUAGUCAGUCUGGCAGGUAAAGUCUCCUUUCAAAACAUGGUUCACCUUAUGAAAAAUCAGCUAGGAUCACUGUGCCUGCAGGAAGUGUAACCACCUACACGCCCUGGUCUCUAGUGCGGCCCGUGUCUGCUCUCCCAGUCGGGACGCUGAACACGGAGCCGUGAGUCACUGUUCAGUGCUCUGGGGAGCAUCCUGUGUUCCCCGCGUGGCCGCAGGAAGCUUAGCAUAGAACCUGAAUCCACCCCUGAGCCCCUCACAGCCUACGUGUUGAGCAUCAAAGAUUGUGGUAAGAAAAGUACAUUUUUCUAAUCCUAAAUAUUCAUGAAACGCAGGCUUGGGCGGCAGCCCCCUCCAUCUUUACUCUUCAAAUGUCUGGCUCGGGCACCAUUUUCACAAGAUCUCGAAGACGCUUGAAUCCAAUCGCAUGCAAAAACAUAACACUUAGAUAAGUAGCUUCCACAUUAGAAGGCAAUUGACAACAGCUCCAUAAUUCACUCUGAGUGUUUUAUGAUAAAGCCUUCUUUUGGGGUCAUUUCAAUGGUUUUCCUAUGCCUUGAAGCAGAAAGAAAAGUACGUACCGAGAAUCCUGGUUUACCUUCCAGAAAACAAAACAUUGACCUUUCCCGUGUUCUCCACUGUACGUAGGCAACGUUGUGUUCAUGACUUUGGAUAAACCAGACACAUGCAUGUCACAAACACAAGAGGAAACCCAACUCUCAGAGCAUGCGUCUGUUGGUUAUACAGUUACUUUCUGAAAAAAUGUAAAGUUACAUCAGAAGACUCUACUACUGCUGAGAUACACGCAGAAUUACUGUAACUGACCCUACACUUGGUGACUAUGUUUAGGCCAAAGAUGUGCUGGUGAAAGGUUUACAGAACGUUAUGGUGCAAGUGUGGCACUGUAGCCCCUCCCAUGGCAAGUACAAGGAUACGGACCCGCUUUCCUUGCCUGGUUCUCCCUUGGCUGAUACCAAAGGAGCUAAAACUGUGACCGCAAGCCCUGGUGGCAUGGCCACACGGGGGCUGCAGCACGUUUUUCCUCUGCAGUACUUCACUGCUUUGUAGAGCCACGCCCUUUACUUCCACCUGGAGACAAACUCAGACCUAAUGCUCACACCCCGUACAAUUCACAAGAGGCAGUGGUAAAGGAGCCCUUCCAAGAUGCAGUGUUUAUCAGUGAGGCCUAUUUAGCAAUAGCUCCCAUUUUAAUGUAACAAACCAGGUUGCUGGGCGUUUUGAAUGAUUCCUCUCCCUAACUUCUUCACAAAUGAUGGAAAUAAAAAUCAACACUCAGAUUUCUAGAGUUGUACAGGCCUAAGAAAUAAGGCGAGUUUGGGUUUCAUAUGCCACCCCUGGGAAAGCUCACGCGCUUGACAAAGAGUGGGCCCAGAGCCACUUUUCUUCCUACGUCUCGUUACAGUUGUAGCCCCGUGAUCCCCCCUUCCAGGGAAGCCCUGGCUCAUCGGCCAGGCAUUCCGUUUCAAAGUUUAUCUCCUGCAGUCUCUUAACAGUUUGUUUUCCUGACACAUGCAGUCAGAUGCGUAGCCACCAAGAGAAACAAUGCAUAACAUUUUCCAUUGUCAAAAAUGUGCGUGGGGAGGUUACACUUCCCAGUGUGAAUUUUUCCAGCUUCCACAUAUGGGAUGACAUCACAGAAACCACAAAAGCAACAAAUUAAACCGCAUGAGAAUAAAUACCCCGACUAGUCUCAGAGGGGACAUUUUUAUGCCUUCUUGACUUCGCUAGGAAUUCUCAGGCUAAAACUUCUAAGCCACUGCUCUCUGGCAAGUCAAUAGAACACAUCAAUGUCUCCUCCAAGAGGAAAACUGCCAAGACUUGGGUCUGUGUCAGAAUAUUCUUAGGAGCCCGCAAUUGCCCAUGGUGCUGAACAGAGCCUGUUCUGUGCCCACGGGAGUGCCUGAGCGUCCCUCUGUUCCUUAACUCGUGUUUACCAAGCACUCUGAGCCAUGGAGACCGGACCACCUAGAGGCCUCAGCUCCCGAGCGGGGAGGCGGGUCUCUCCAGCGCACCUUGACCUGGUGCAGUGUUCCCACAGGAGGCGCAUUUAAUCGUCAGACUCCACUAGGGAGAGCACUCCCAGGAGCAGGAGGCCCAGGGCACACGUGGCCUGCUCUCGGCAGCCUCAGGCACACACAAGCAACGCACGUGCAAGUUCCACCCGGCCUUCCAGAAGCUUCCCAACACCGACGAAAGCCAGAAGUGUGACCCUCAGGCUGGGGGGGGGGGGGGGGGGAGACCACAGGUACCAUCUCUCCUCCUCCGUCUACUGCCACCGCUACUGCCCAGGACUCAUCAGCACACCUAGACCCACCUUUCUGCCUUUCCCUGUGUCUCAGAGACAGUUCCCUUCUGGACAAGAUCUGAUGCUACGUCUCUUCAGUCUCCAAGGGUCAAACCUCUACUUUUGUCACUACUCCAGGUCAGCCAGAGCAGGUUCCGCUGCAGCGUGUGGCUGCCCCAAGGCCCACCAAGCUAGGUCCAGCAGCAGAGUUCCCCUGCAGGCACAUGACCUCCCACUCUGUGCCUUGUUCCAGUUAGAAGCGGGGGUCGGCUAUGGAAACAAGCUUCGCUGUGAUUGCCCAGGUCGCUAGAAUCAUUCUGAAGUCCCCUCUCGGCAUCCAGUGCCUUUAAAACUAUUUGGAAACUCUUGACAGUAAAACAAGGACCAUGAUAAGAAAACUAUGCAAGUCCCGUGCAGGGAACGUUUCCAUGCAGUGAGAAUGUGUCAUUCCCCACCCCCCAUUUUGUAGAGAAAACCCCUCUUUACUUUUGGGACCAUAAUGACAGUUUUUAGUCCAGCCACUGCAAGCUUGUUUCAUAGGAGAAAGACUAGGAAAAGACAGACUGCGUAAGGAGUCAUUGCAAUAGUUCAGGAAGGGAUAGUGACGAUUUAGCACACCCUUAAAGUAAUUCUCAAUUUAAAGUCAUUUGGCAACUCCAGGUUGAAGGCCCUGUAACUCGGCUGUCAAAGGACAUCCUAUGUCCCCUGUAAGCAUCCUAUGAAGCUUUAGUCUUUAAUUUAGCACAUUUUAAAUCCAAAGGAAUGAUUGUUUCAUUAAAAAAAAUGUUCAAUUAUGGUUUAUGCUGAUGGCUAUGAGUAGACACCUCAAUAGAGCGACGAUGGGGAAAACAAAUCAGACAAAAAAAUCAAAACCUUUUGGGAUUCCAGGUCAAGCAGUGGCAGAGCCAACAGUUCUGCACCUUCUAUCAGGCCACACUGGUAGAUGAUGGGAAGGCUGUUUCCAUGUGUGUGGCCACUGUCACUGUAACUUUAAAACUUGGCUCCAGGCUGUUUAGCACCGUACAGAUUAAAGGUACAGCUACAUCAGCUAGCACAGUCAUUUUAUAGUGCUUCCUUCAUGUAUCAUGCUUUGGUUUGCUAAUUUUUCCCACAUACCUUUUUGUGUUACAGUCUCUCAAUUUUGUACACAUUUCUCAUAUUGGGAUCUACAGGUAAACACGACCUGCUAUUUCAGUAUAAAAAAGACAUUGUUAAGAAUAUUGUAUCCAAUAAAUGGUAAACAGGUAAACACAAAGACAA